GAGCGUCGCCCCACCACAUCCAGUCGUACUGCGAAUGCCACGCUGUGAGCUUCGCAUUCGCGGUAUUUCGGGACUUUUCAUUUGCUCAAUAAAUCGAACUUCGUUGUCACGGCACAGUGUUUCCGUUUCGUCGACGAUAUCCGCGUGAACGAUAGGUCGUUAGAUUUGACUCGAUGUUUUGUAGAAAUCGGGAUUCUUCGUUGUUUCAACGGUAGUUGUAGUUGCACCGUUGGCGCUGCUUUUUCCAGUUCGAAGCUAGCGUAAGCGUGUGCCACACGAGAAGGUACGGUCCGAGUGGCGAAAACCGGUGAUCGAGGUUAUCGAGUGUUUCCUCGCUGAUUUAUCUAAUUCCGAAAUUAACGGAGAGUGUGGAAAGUGCGCAAGCCGGAGAAAUCGCGAUGCGACAGCGCCGGGAGAUGCUCCAUUUGCAGUGGCAGCGGCAACAGGAAGGACAAGACGUUCCGACAGCAAGAUAGAAAGGUUACCGAAGGAACAAACUGGCGCGUAGUUAGAUAGCAGCGUGAUUGACUCGAGUCGACCGGUAGGGGGACGCUGUCAUUUCUUGUUCGAACAUUUAAAACGAGCGCGCGGUUUAGCGGAACACUCGGUUCUGGUUGGUGGGACCGUUUUGUUGUUUACCAACGUCUGUGUGUGGUCAAACACAGGAACGUCGAUUACUCCGAGGAGAGAGGGUCGGAUAAAAAGGUGAAAGAGCGAAACGAACACGUUCGUUCAAGGUAUAUAGCGAAAGGGAGAGAAAGAUAGAGAGAGGUAGAGUAUAGGAGAACGCGUGCUCGUUGAAGAUAGAAGAAGAAAGAACGAUCGCUAAGAAAGAGAGGUAAGCAAUAACGGCAAGUGGGCGCACGAGAUGCAUUCCAGAUGGACGAUGACGCCGCACAGUCUGUAAGACUCGCGUGGUUUCUACGUUCUAUCGCGUUUGUCCGUGAUUGUCGUGUCAGGACGUAUCGACGAUCGUCGGGUGGGUUAUGACGCGCGCUUAACGCGCUGCGUGCACGAAUAGAAGCGAACGUGUGUCGAUCCUGUGUACAACAUGGAGUCCGACACGGCGACCGACUGGCCGUCGCCGAGAAAGAGCUCCCUCGAGACAUCGAUGCCAUGGAAAUUCCGUAAGGAUUCAUGUCGAACGACGGGGGGUGCGAUACUCAAUUGGGCAAUGUGCGCCCUCUGUAUUACCAGCUUGGCUGUGUCCAGUCUACUCGUGUACAGGGAAAUAGGAUUGGAAUCGCGGAUCGCCAAUUUGGAGGCUCGUUGUCAAAUUCAAGAAAUGCCGGACGUUCUUAUUCAGAGGCUCAAGAGAGAAAUUCAGGAACAGUUGGAGGUGCAUCGGCCAGCGUUCCAGUCGAACGUUUUUCGGAUCAAACGAGACGUUUCCGAGUGCAAUUGUCCACCAGGUCCUCCCGGUGAGCCAGGUCCUCCUGGAAAAAGGGGGAAAAAAGGGAAAAAAGGUGACCCCGGGGAACCAGGCCCGCAGGGUGUGGCCGGGACGCCGGGCAAGAACGGUUUUCCGGGACCUAUUGGGUUAGAUGGACCAAAAGGUGAGCCGGGACGACCCGGAGAAAAAGGACAGAAAGGCGAACUGGGAAGUCCGGGCUUUGACGUCUUUUCCGCAGUAAAGGUCAAUGCACAGGGAUUAGGGUUAAAGAGGUCGGUGACGACGCUCCGCGGCGGGACGCUUGGCUAUGCGGAAAUCGUCGCUCUGAAGGGAGAGCCAGGCGAACCUGGACCACCGGGGCCACCCGGUCCUCCGGGAGCCGAAGGUCUUCCUGGGCACGAAGGCAGGCAAGGAUCUCCGGGUGACGUUGGGCCACCGGGUGAAAAGGGAGCAUCAGGAUCGACUGGACCAAUUGGUCCGCCUGGUACGCCGGGACUUCCAGGUCCUAAGGGUGACAAGGGCGAGAGAGGGGAUCGAGUUGUAACAACAUCCUUAAACGGGGAACCGUUUCCAACUGGAGUAUUCGAAGGACCCCCCGGUCCACCAGGACCACCUGGGCCCCAGGGCGAGAAGGGGGAGCUGGGUCCGACGGGACCACCCGGUCUGCCGGGAGAGAAGGGUGCCCGGGGAAAGCAAGGGAAGAGGGGUUUCAAGGGUGAAAGCGGUGUGGCAUUGAUGAGAGGCCCACCCGGUCUACCGGGUCCAAAGGGUGAACCCGGAGAACGGGGUUACCGAGGCGAAAAAGGCACCAAGGGAGACACGGGCUCACCAGGACCAAAGGGAGAACAAGGACUACCUGGUCUACCUGGACUCAACGGAACGGAUGGGGAAACUGGUAUUCAGGGUCCUCCAGGAUUGCCAGGUAUUUCUGGACCGAAAGGUGAGAAAGGUGACUACGGAGACAUCGGACCUCCAGGACUUAUGGGACCACCAGGUUUGCCUGGUCCACCGGGUUAUCCAGGGUUGAAAGGUGAAAAAGGAGAAAAAGGUGAAUCGAAAUACAAGAAACUCAGGCGAAGGCAGGGAGACGGUACUUUCGAAGUGAAUGCCGGCGAAGUGAUAAUGGGACCACCGGGACCACCUGGUCCAGCUGGUACUCCUGGGCUUCAAGGUCCACCUGGCAUAAAAGGCGACCGAGGACACGAUGGUGCAAAGGGCGAUCCUGGAGAGAAGGGUGCCAAAGGAGAUCCUGGUCCAAUGGGACUACCCGGCCCCAUGGGACUGAGAGGAGAAUCCGGAAAACCCGGGGAUGCCGGGAAACCUGGUGCCAUGGGGCCACCAGGAUUAGACGGCAUGAAGGGUGCACAAGGAGAACCAGGCACAAAGGGAGAAAGAGGGGAUCCUGGCCUACCUGGUACCGAUGGAAUUCCUGGCGCGGAGGGACCGAAGGGAGAGAAAGGUGCUAAAGGCGAAUCUGGACCGCCAGGGAAACGCGGUAGGAAAGGCGACAAAGGCAACAAAGGAGAUCAGGGUGUACCCGGACUAGAUGCUCCAUGUCCAUUAGGAGCCGACGGACUUCCGUUAGCAGGAUGCGGUUGGAGACCACCCCAGCAGGACAUCACUAGCACCUCGAUACCAGCUGUCGAAGGUCCUGAAACUUCAGAGACGGAUUACGAAGAACCAGAAGAGGACUACGAGGAGUAUACGGAUCCGAACGCAAAUCUAGCCGAGCAAUAAUUGCUCGUUGUGCGCUGCCCUAAUCACUACCAACAACUACCACAACUACUACCACUACCAUCACCACUACAACCACCAAAACCACCACCGCCAUCGCCCUCAUCACUCGUCUCACCUUGCUCUCCCAAACUAACGUGGUCCUGAGAAGAAGGAAUAUUCUUCAUGAUUGGCUAGAAGAGGAAGCCGAAAAAGAAGAGGGGCAGUGAUACAAGUAUUUUAAAAGAAGAUAGUACAUAUUUUCAAAGACCUCUGUGUAUACUCCAUCGUAAAAAUACAAUUCAUCCAGUUUAACGCGAAGAAAAUCGAGCUAUGUAUUUAAGAAAAAGAAAUAUAUAUAUUUUUUUACAUAUAUAUAUUUUUUUUUCUUUUUUGGCAUAUAAAAUACAUGUAUGCCGAAAUAAUCUUCUUGCCAUCGGGUGUUGUAAAUAAGUGUACUUACAGUGUUUAGCGUCCGCAAAUAGUGCGUGUACAUAAAUAUUUAGAGCUUACUACCGAAAAUGCGGUUAGAACGACAUCAUAAUUUUAUCGACAAUUUGUUUAUAAUGUAAACGUAAACAUCAGUAAUUUAUAAAUUACUUUAUUUCUAAGGAGAGUAAAAUUAAUGACCGAAUUAUCCAAAUAUCGUUUGCACAACGUAAUAUAGCGAUAGCAAAGUUCUAAAACAAUAAACAAUUUUAUUGGUCUAUCAACAUUAUUGUCAACGUGUUUUCUUUGCUAAAAUACGUUGCACUCUAUGCGAAGAAAUAAUUUUUCUCUCUGCGUGUUUUUUAUGUGGACAUAUCUCGUGGAAGCACAAGAUGUAAAAAGUUGAAAACAUUAAUCAUUUUGCUCUACCUUCUUUAGCUGAAGAUGAAUUGAACGUAUAUUCACGUAAAUUUCAGUCAAUGUUAUUUUUAUGUUUAUUUAUUUGCUUGCUAAAAUGCAACCAAAUGCAUUUAAGCAUAAUUAUAAUAUUAUGUAUUUAUAUAGCUGCUAUUAAUUAUUACCUUUAUUAUACAUUACUAUGUUUCUAAGAUUCUUUUUAAUUUAAAUUAUAUUAUUCUCGCCAGAUCUAGUUUUCUCGCUUAAUCAAAAUUUGUAUAAUAAGUUCAACUACGAAACUUGGAAUUUUAUUUUUAUCGAAAAACUAAUGCCAUAUGAUUAUUUUAACGAGGAACGGUUGAAAAUUUCUUUUCCCAGUAUGUGUCAUUUAUGUGCACAAUACAUAUAUGCGUACCUAUGCCAUUUUAUUGCCUUCGGUACGUCUAAUAAAAAAGUGCACAUUUCUGCGCGAUCGCAAGGGAAGAUUUUUAUACAAAUAUCAGUUAAUAAUGCAUAUCUCGACAUAAUUUUCAUCUAGAUUAGUAAUAAUAUCAACUGUAAAGCAAAGGAGUAACGUGUACACAUUGUCAAUACUGUCAGGUAUUGUUAAAUAAAGAAUAAGUAUAUA